AUGGAGGCCAGCGACAAGCGCGUGGAGUUGUUGAAGCCUCUCGUGGUGCAAAGCCUGCACUUAGAUGAGGAGAAGUGGCGUGAGCUAGUGAGCGUCAAGAAGCACCUGGUCUACUUGAACAACUUCUUCAACACAAAGGAAAUGGUCAACCUGUAUAUGUGGCUCAACGCUGACGGCGGCGCUUGCAUGAGUCUAGACUUCCCCGUGGCGGGCCACAAGGUCAUCUGUUUGGGCAAAACGCACAAAGACAUGGUGACCGUCGACAACAUGGCUGCCACGAUGCUGAUAGAGGAGAUCCAUGCCGACAAUGUUCUUACCUUCCUCUCCACGCUCACUCAAGAGGUGAUCUGCCCAUUGCUUAGCAACCCAGCCAACGCAGAUGGCUGGGCUCCGGGUGCGGCCGAGGAGAUUCUCAACUUGAUGGAUAAGCUCAAGAACCAAUCUCUCUCCAUGAAGGCUCACAAGGAAGGCUGGACGUUUCUGCCUCUUCCCAAACAUCUCCAUGACGACCAGGACAGGAAGCCGUGCGACUUGAAGCUGCUGCAUGGCUGUGAGUCAGUCAUCGUCGAGUGGGCGGGAAUAGUGUCUGAGUUCCUGCAGCAGAACCCGGCCCAGCCACUCUUGGAAGGACUUAAACCGUCCCCCUCAGAGGAGUUUAACUUCUGGAGCAACAGACUCAGGAACCUGCAACUCAUCCUGGAACAGAUGUCGAGCGACAGCGCCCAGAAGGUGGCGUCGUUUCUUCAGUUAUCCCAGGGGGCCUAUUGCGACACGUUGAAAAACAUUCACGACGAGGCCCAAAAAGGACUGACUGAGGCCGAGGACGCAAACAACAACCUUUUGCCUCUACAGCAUGAAGUGGAGCAACUGGAGCAGUUGGAUUAUCCACAGCUGAGAGACAACAUGGCCGCCGUGAUGGAGAAAGUGCAUCAGGUGUGGAUCAGGUCGCGCUUUCACUGCAAUCCCUGCUGGAUCGUCGUCCUCUUGCAGGAGAUAUGCAACCUCUUCAUCGAGCGGAGCAGGACGUUCCUGCAGGGACAAGAAGUGAUGCGCGGCCUGGUUUUGGAUCCCGCGCAGGUUCUUGAUGAUGUCCGUGUGGUGACCUUGACCUUGCAGACUCUCAAGGACAAAUACAUACAUCACAGGAUGCUCCUGGAGAAGGAGGACGGAGGGUUACACAAGUGGGAGUUUCCGUCUCAUCUGGUCUUCUCUCGCUUGGACGACUUCCUGAUUCGCUUGCAAAGCAUCCAGGAAGUGUACCGCGUGCGUCUUCAGUUCCAGCUGGAGCAGGUGGUGGUCGCCGGUGGGCGCGGCAGACAGUGGACGAGUGCUGUGAAGGGCGUGUGCAACGACUUCCUCCACCAGCUGCAAAUACUUGCCGACUGCAAGAGCGACGCCAGCGACCCCGCUGACGGGAGCUUCGGGCAGCAGGCCACUUCCUUCGAGGAGCACGUUUCCCACCUGGAGGCUCGCUUGGUGACCAUCUUGCGAGGGACGCUUGACGAAUGCUGUUUGCCGUCCGCCGCCGUCAAGGUGGUCACCAUGUUCGGGCCGGUGCUGCAACGUCCUGCCAUCCGGGAUCAGCUGCGUCCUCAGCUGUCCAGUCUGGUGACAAUGGUCCUGCGAGAACUGGACCGGGUGCAGGAAAUGGUCAAGAGUAAAGCCAAAAAUCACGUCUCAUCGAAGUUCACCACGUCCCCCGUCGUCACCCUCAGGUGGACCAAGCAACUCAUGCUUAGGGCUUACAAUGUCCUCCAUAACUUCCAGAGUGUCCAAAAUCUGUGUGUGGAGGCAUCCGAGGCGGUGCGUCAGAAGUUCCAGAAGAUCGCCGACCUGCUGUUGGAAAUCAGAAAUUCCGUGCGUCAGGAGUUUAGCCGCCAGCUGGACCGAGAUGCCGCCGCCGUCCUCCAGCUUCCGCUUAUCCAGGAGCAGCAAAGCAAGCUGGAAAUUCCCUGCGGACAGAAGCUGGAGGCGCUGCUGAGCGACAUCAAACAAGCAAGUUGGGAGAAGGAUCUGGAGCUCCGCCCCCAGACAGCCGAAAUUUUGCGGUGUGGACGUGACAUCACCAAAAGUUACCUGAGCCUCACCAACAUCGUGUCCUCCUACAACGAGGUGGUGGGACGGGCUUUGAUGGUGGAGCUUCCUCUGAUCAAGGAUGCGUUGGAGGAGCAGAGAAUGAGUCUAUUGGAGCUGCAAAAGAUCACGUGGACCAGUGAAGGUGUCCACGAAUUGAUGGAGACAAAGAGGCAGAGCUUGGUGGUCUUCUACACCUCCGUGAAUGAAGCGCGGGCCAACAUGGCGGCCAUGCGUGCCAUCACGCAGGAUUGGGAAGCUCUUCCCCUGGUGAAUCGCUCGGGUGAUUUUCUGGAGAGGGGCGGAGCUACGGAAGAGAGUUACACGCGUGUACGGGAAGAUGGCGAACAGGUCAUACGCCUGGUCACGGAGAACUCGGUCCUGUAUGGCGUGAAGGACGAGUCAUCGCCCGAGUGGUCGGCCUACCUUGAUCACAUAGACCAGCUGGUGCAGGACGGCGUCCUUCAAAUGCUGCUGCACUCACUCAAAUUCCUGUCAGAGAACAUGUCGCCUACGGAGUAUAUGGGUGGAGGUGCAUUAUUGCAGGUGUCGCUGCAGCUGCAGCCAAUGGGAUGCAUCUUCGAGCCGUCCCUGACUACCGACCUGAUCAAGGUCUUCAAAUCAUUCGUCGCCGACAUCUACGCGGCUGCCAGUCUGCCGCCCAGGAUCUCAACCACCCAAAUUGGCAACUACCAGGAGGCGCUGCGGGACAACGAGGAGCUGGUUGCGCUGGAAAAGGUAGUGAUGCAGCACCUGGUUGACGUCAACGAAGAGGCGGAGCGCCUGAGGGCCGACCUGGACCGCUUCUCGCCACUGUGGCACAGUCACAAACGCCUCAUCAUGCAAGAAUUCCUCACGUAUGGCAGAAGGCUCGAGGAGGGCGAAGAAGAUGUGGAGGAGUCUCCGCCCAUGCUGGCCGACUUUCAACGAGAGAUCAACGCCCUUCAAAAGCAGCUGUUGGAGGUAAGCGAGCUGGAGGACUACUACCUGGUCCACGGCUGGCUGCAGGUUGACCUACAGCCUUUCAAAGACGGCCUGCGCCUCUUCAUCCACAACUGGAUCAGUUUGUACACGCAGCAUCUCCUCAAGCUAGUCCGGCACAACAUGUCUCGGCGCAGCCUUGACGACGAAGAGGAAGAAGUCGAUAAGUCUUCUGGCCGCAACUUCCCCAUGACGGAAACCAUCAUGCUCCUGGAGACGGUCAAUGUGGAAGUACCCGAAAUCACCACACUGCUGCAGAGCUGAUGGCGAUGCCGUGAGAUGAAUUAAAGAGCAGAUCACAUGAUCGCCACUGCUGUUUUUAAAGUCACAUGACUGUAGUGGCAUUGCGCUUCCAAGGACUGCCAGCCACAUAUUACCUACAGUGCACUUCACUGUCAUCGACGGCGACGUCAUCAGCUCUGGACGCGGCAAAGGCAGAUCGAAAAAAAAAAAAAAAAGAAAAGAAAACUUGACGGCAUAGAGUUUAAAUAAAUGAUUUAAUAGAAUUUCUU